AUGGCUACGCAAACGACCCAGACUCAACUCGAUUCCCUCCAGCCAUAUGCCCAUCCACCAGAGACCGAAGAGCCCUUGAACUAUGCAGACUUGACCAUCAUCGAUCUGGGCGAAUUCGAUAAACCCGGAGGUAAAGAAAAAUUAGCAGCUCAGUUGAAAGAUGCGGCGCACAACACGGGUUUCUUCUAUGUCACCAACUUCGGCUUAAGUCAAGACGAAAUCAAUCGUCAAUACGCCAUCGGACGCGAAUUCUUCGCCCUCCCGGAGGACGUGCGUAAGUCCUACCGAGCACCUCUCGAAGAGGGAAUCUACAAUGGCUACCGGCCACUGGGAUCUAUCCAGGUUCUCCCGGGGCUAUGGGACAAUAUUGAAUUCUACAACAUCAUGAAAUUCUUGCCGCAGUAUGAGCGCGAGCACCCAGAAGUAUUCCAUCAGCACUGGGACGAGAUUGAACGCUUCCAUCGCCACGUCCACGAGCAUGUCGGGUACAAGUUGCUGCAGCUUCUCGCCAUAAUCCUGGAGCUCCCUGAAGACCAGAUCUCAAACGGUCAUCUUUACGAGUCGAAUUGUGAUAGCGGCCUCCGCUACAUGAUGUACCGUGCCCGUUCGGCAGAGGUGAACGAGCAGUUCAAGGACCUCUAUUCCCGCGGUCACACUGACAAUGGCACAAUUACGUUCCUUUUUCAGCAGCCUGUUGCAGCCCUCCAGGUCAAGAAGUACGAGGAUUCCCCUUGGGAGUGGAUUCGGAUUCCCGAAGGCACCUUGUCUGUCAACAUCGCUGACAUGCUGUCCAUCCUCUCCAACGGGUACUUGAAAAGUGGCGUGCAUCGCGUCACGGUCCCUCCCAAAGACCAACAAGCGCAGGACCGCUUAGGACUUCUAUACUUUAUACGGCCUAGCGAUCGACUAACUCUGAAAAGCUUUGAUAGUCCCCUCCUACGUCGCUUGGGGUACUAUGAGGAGGGCAAGAAUAAUGAAAUUGACAUCCCUGCUCCGGAGUGGACUCGAGCGCGGAUUAAGAAGAACUGGUCACGAUCGCCCACAGAUCCCAAUGCGGGGACACAGAUGGCUGGGUUUUCGGUGAAGCAUUUCCAUGAUUAG